CAUCAAAGUGAACAGGCUCCGAAUAUCUAACCCCCGCUAUAUCAAAAUUUGAAACCGCGGAGAGAGAGAGAGAGGCGGCAGCUUGCUCCACACGCCUCCGCCGUGUCGAGAUUUCCGACUCGCCGGAGAGGAAUGGAAGAGGCCCGCGCGAGAAUCGUCGCCUCCGCCGUGGCCAGAUUGAACCUAGUACCGUGGGCGACGCGGACGCAUGCCACUCCGGCCGCUGCCCUCGCGCCGCCCGUCGGCGACAUCCCGCACGCCCAGUGGCGGGGGCUACCCGACGACGUCGUCGCCAGGGUGCUCGUCCGCCUCCCCGUCCUCGACCUGUUCCGCCUCGGUUACCUCUUCUCCCCGCGCUGGCUCGACAUCUGGCGAGCCAACCCGCUGCAUCUCCACGACCGCCAGUUCGCCUCUCCCCGGAUCGCCGCCGACGACGUCGCCGACGCCAUCGCCAACGUUCUCGAGCUCCACGUCGGGGACGGCGUCCAGUUCGUAGGCGUACAAGGAGGCGUUGGGAGCGACGACGACGACGAUGGAGAUGGAGGUGGAGGCGACGAGGUAGUUGGUGCGGAUGGCGACGACCUGGGCGUCAUCGUCAACCCUGGCCUGGUGGAUGACGACGACGAUGGUGGCGAUGAUCAUGACGGGGGCCUCGACGUCGCCGAAGACGAGGCAGCAGUUCAAAACGCCGGAGUCGUCGACGAUUCUGGACCGGGGGUCGCCGUCGAACUCGAAGAGGGGCCAGAAGAUGAAGCCAGUGGAGUCGAAGACGAAUCAGCAGAUCAAGCCGGCCGCCACCGCCCCCCAUCCCCUGGAGGCAUAGGCGCCGACGACGGCGUCAUCAGCGACGACGACCUCUACGGCCACGACGACAUCCCAGCUGGUGGUUACGAGAUCGGCCGCGUCUACAGCUUCCGAGUGGAGACCACGCGGUGGCGCCUCGACCACCUCGACCGCUGGUGCGCCGCGCUCCAGCGCGGCCGUGUUCGUGAGGUCAUCCUCGCCAACCUCGCCAUAGAAGGGCACCCCGACCUCCCCCAGGGCAUCCGCGACUGCGGCACAAGCCUCAAGGGACUCCACGUCUCCUUCACCGUGGAAGCGGACCACAUCGACCCCCUCGUCAAUCUCCGCGGCCUCGGGCUGUGCGGCUGCGCCAUCAACCACGGCGUAAUCUCGCGAGCACUCCGGCCCGAAUCGGAAAUCCGGGGGCUGACGGUCGAUUUCAACAGGCAGCUGGGAGACGUCUCCGUCCAGAACACGCGCCUCCGGUCUCUGGAGAUGUUCGACAACCUGAUGGAGGGCAGCACGAUCACCGUGGACGACGCCAUCCAAUUCCGGAACCUUGACCUGUACCUGACGAGGCCAUCCAGGAUCUGCAUCGUUGACGCGCCCAGCCUGCGAAGAAUCGGCUCUCUCGAUCUCUUCAUCACCGUCUUGGAGAUCAAAGGCGUUGUGAUUCAGGCUGGGAUGGUGCAGCGUCCUCCAAAGAAGCGUUCUGUCAGGAUUCUCGGCUUACGGGUGAACUACACAGAGAUGGGUCACAGGGUGCCCCGUGAGAUAGAGCAGAUUCUGAAGUGUUUCCCACUCUUAGAGCAACUGGAGAUCAUGAGAGACGAUGAGGUUACACAAGAAGAAAGGCUCCUCGAAGCGGAUGAUGAACACAUCUAUCAAGGGAACAAUUUCUUCCGUGACCUUGGUUGUUUCAAGCAUCACCUGAGGCGGAUAUAUCUUACAGGUUUCAGAGGGGGCAAGUAUGAACUUGCUCUGGGCAAAGCCAUCCUCGACGAAGCUCGAGCUGGGACACAGUUCAAAAUGUUACUCCCACUAGGCAGCAAUACCGACAACAUCUCGAACCAGCAAAGGUGGCUUAUCGAACAUUUCAGAAUGAACACUCCAAAUGAUGCUGUCAGAGACGGGCAUGUGUCCAUUAUUCUAAGUUUGGAUGAUUGGACUUGGACUUGAAGAAGGUGCGUGCAUAAGGCUAGGUUGUUGUUCUGUGCUGCUGUACUGUCAUAGAGAUUUUAGGCUGGCUCUAUUCUUCAGUUUGUCUAAGCUUGUCAAAUGAUGUAUGCUAAGUGAGCGAAUCGUGAAUGAUGCUCUUGAUAGCAGUAAAAGAAGAUAAUGAGAUGAGCAUGCUGUUUGUGCUUUGCUUUUA